GAGAACAACUAAUUCUAAAGGAGGUGGCCUCUGAGCCCUUUCUCCAUUUCUCAUGUCAUAAAAACUCCCCCGACAAGUUGAAACAGAAAAGACGGCACGAUGAACCGCAUCGACGCCUCAGAUCACUAUACAGAACCCGUCUCUAGCGUCAGCCAAAUACCCUCGCUCCUUACCAUCGUGGUCGAUACCAACCCGCGCGCUUGGGCCGCCCUCGCCGACCUCCUCCCCAUCUCCAAGGCCCUAGCUAACUUGCUCGUCUUCGUUAACGCUCAUCUUGCUUUUGGCAACGACAACCAUGUCGCUAUACUCGCCGCGCACCCCAACCGCGCCGUCUGGCUCUACCCCAAGUCCCCCAACCCCGAUUUCCGAGCCGCAUCUUCGCGCUCUAACGGUGAUGUCGAGAUGACCGACGUCGACGGACAAGACGGUGCUUCGGCAGCAACAGAACUAGGCGGCUCUGCCAAUAAGUUCCCCUUGUUCGCCCAAAUCGAAUCCUCUAUCCUGACCUCCUUGCACUCCCUCAUCGACAGCACUGCACCCUCGGACCUUAACCCCACGACCCUGGUAUCAGGAGCCCUCACGUUAGCACUAUCCUACAUCCACAAGAUGUCGCACGCUCUAGAGCCGACCAAGACGUCCUCGGACCCUGCGAACCCGACGCCAACAGCGACUAGCUCCUCGCCUACCGAGUCUGCCGUCGCGACGUUACACUCGCGCAUUCUAGUCUUGUCUGUCUCGGACUCGGAGCCUGCGCAGUACAUUCCCACCAUGAAUGCCGUCUUCGCAGCCUCUCACGCGCGCAUCCCAGUGGACACCUUAUCUCUAUACGGAACGCCGACAUUCCUGCAACAAGCAGCCUUUAUAACAGGAGGCACUUUUCUUUCUGCAGCCUCGAACCCGCGCGGCCUGCUCUCGUAUUUGAUGUUCGGGUUCCUCGCCGACGCCGAAGCACGACGGUCUCUCGUGACUCCCACCCAAGACUCGGUGGACUUCCGCGCGGCUUGUUUCUGCCACCGCAACGUCGUCGACACAGGUUUCGUCUGCAGCAUCUGCCUUAGUAUCUUUUGCUCUGUGCCCGACAACGCCGAAUGCCUGACCUGUGGUACUAAAUUGGCCCUCGGCAGUUACGGCGCCAAACCUGCCGUCGCCCCUCGUAAAAAGAAGAAGAAGAAAGUACGUGCUAACGGCGCUGGGGCCAGAGAGGACACGGGUAGUGCUACGGGGACGCCUGCCCCUACGUAGUUGAGGGGCAAGCGUAUGAAUCUUGUCUAUCAUACUACCGCUCAAAUCAUAUUACGCGGAAGCGGUCUAGUUGUAUCAUAAUGGGUUGGAGUUUGCGUACGCAGAG